AUGGAUUCUUCUUUGUUCUUUACCAUAAUUCUUGCUACUGCUGCAAUAGGCUUCUUCAUAUUUCUUCGAAAAUUCAGAAUCAAUCAAGAAAACGAAGACGUGGGUUCUUCUUCUUCUUCUACAUUUUCUCCUUCGACAUCUCCUUCAUCUGCUUUGCCUUCUUCAACAUCUCCUCCAUCAACUUUGUCUUGCAACUGGACUCAUCAUGUCUUUCCGAGCUUCCGUGGGGAAGACGUUCGUAGAAACUUUCUCAGUCACAUUCAAAAGGAGUUUGAAAGAAAAGGAAUUACUUUUUUCAUUGAUAAUGAGAUCAAGAGAGGAGAAUCCAUUGGUCUUGAACUCAGUAAGGCCAUUAGAGGAUCUAAGAUCGCUAUUGUUCUACUCUCGAAGAACUAUGCUUCAACAAAGUGGUGUCUCGACGAAUUGGUGGAAAUUAUGAAAUGCAAGAAAGAGUUUGGUCUCACAGUGUUUGCCAUUUUCUAUGAAGUUGAUCCAUCCCAUGUUAUGAAGCUGACGGGAGAAUUUGGAGCUGUUUUUGAGAAAACUUGUAAGGGUAGAACAAAGGAGGACAUUAGGAGAUGGAGACAAGCUUUUAAGGAAGUGGCUACGGUUGCGGGAUAUCAUUCAAACAAUUGGGAAAAUGAAGCUGCAAUGAUUGAAGAAAUUGUCACUGAAAUUUCCAAAAGAUUGAUUAGUUACACACCCUCAAGUGAUCUUGAUGGUUUGAUUGGGAUGAGAGCUCAUAUAGAAAAGAUGAAACAAUUGCUUGGCUUAGACUCGGCAGAUGAAAGGAGGAUGGUUGGGAUUUCGGGUCCUUCUGGAAUUGGUAAGAGCACUAUUGCUAGAGUUCUACAUAAUCAAAUCUCUAAUGGUUUUCAACUGAGUGUUUUCAUGAAAUUCGAACCAAGUUAUGCAAGAUCAAUUUGUUCUGAUGACCACGAUAUGAAGUUGCAAUUAGAGCAGCAGUUUCUAUCUCAAUUAUUUAACCAAAAGGAUGUCAAGAUUCAUCAUUUAGGAACUGCACAAAACUUUGUGAUGGGAAAGAAACUGCUUAUUGUUCUUGAUGGGGUGGAUAAACUAGUACAAUUGCGCGUCGUGCCAAAAGUAGUAUGCCUCGGUCCUGGAUCUCGGAUUAUCAUCACAACACAAGAUCAAAAACUUCUGAAAGCAUUUCAGAUCAAACAUAUUUACAAUGUCGAUUUUCCACCUGAUGAUGAGGCUCUUCAAAUCUUUUGCAUGAAUGCUUUUGGUCAGGAUUCCCCAUAUGGUGGUUUUGAGGAUCUUGCUAGGAAAGUUACAUUACUGGCUGGUAAUCUUCCGUUGGGACUUCGGGUUAUGGGUUCCUAUUUUCGAGGAAUGUCUAAGGAAGAGUGGAAAGGGGAACUACCAAGGUUAAGAGUCCACCUUGAUGAAGAAAUUGGGAGUACUUUAAAGUUUAGUUAUGAUGGCUUGAACGACGAAGACAAAGAUUUAUUUCUUCAUAUAGCCUGUUUUUUCAACGAUGAAGGCAUUAAUUGUACCUUUGAAGAUAGUCUACGUCACAAAUUCUCAAGCGUGCAACAAGGGCUUCAGGUCUUAGUUCAAAAAUCUCUCAUAUCCGAGGAGUCAUUUUCACCGAUGCAUAAUCUACUAGUUCAAUUGGGUAGAGAAAUUGUCCGUAACCAAUCCAUUAAUGAACCUGGAAAACGCCAAUUUUUGGUUGAUGCAAGGGAGAUUUCUGAAGUACUCACUCAUCAAACAGGUAGUAAAAGUGUGAUAGGCAUAAAUUUGAACCUUUCUUCGAUCGUGGAAGAACUAGUUACAAGUGAAAGAGCUUUUAAAGAAAUGUCUAAUCUUCAGUUUUUGAGAUUCUCUAGUGAUGUUGGUUAUAGUCUCAAAAGAUUGUACUUACCACAAGGUUUAAAUUAUCUACCUCCAAAACUAAGAAUUCUACACUGGCAUUAUUAUUCGAUGACAUGUUUGCCUUCUACAUUUAGUCCGAAGUUCCUUGUCAAGAUAAUAUUGAAAGAAAGCAAGCUCGAGAAACUAUGGGAAGGAAUUCAACCGCUCAGCAAUCUCAAGGUGAUGGAUUUAGAAUCUUCAAGAAAUUUGAAGGAGCUUCCUUAUCUCUCAAUGGCAAUCAAUCUCCUAAAACUGGAUCUUGUUGACUGCUCAAGCCUGGUAGAGCUUCCUUCUUCUAUUGGAAAUGCUACUAAUCUUCGGAACUUAAAUCUACAACAUUGCUCAAGUUUAGUGAAGCUUCCCUCCUUUGGCAAUUGCAUUAAUCUCCAGGAAUUGAACCUCGAUAGUUGCUCAAGUCUGGUGGAGCUUCCAUAUUCUAUUGGAAAUUGCAUUAAUCUCCAAGAAUUGGAUCUCAUGAGAUGUUCAAGUCUAAUAAGGCUUCCGUCCUCUAUUGGAAAUAAUGUCAAUCUCCAGAAAUUAUGUCUCAAUGAAUGUUUAAGUCUGGUGGAGCUUCCCUCCUCCAUUGGAAAUAUCAUUAAUCUCCAAGAAUUGGAUCUCAGUGAAUGCUCAAGUCUUGUGGAGCUUCCGUAUUCGAUUGGAAAUUGCAUUAAUCUUCAAGAAUUGGAUCUCUAUAACUGCUCAAGUUUGGUAGAACUUCCGUUUUCUAUUGGAAAAAUCAUUAAUCUCCAAAAUUUGAAUAUUAGUGGAUGCUCAAGUCUAGUGGAGCUUCCCUCCUCCAUUGGAAACCUACGUAUGUUGAUGACGUUGAGUUUGCAAGGAUGCUCAAAGAUAGAGGUUAUUCCGAUCAACACCGUAUUGGAUUCUUUAGAAAAGUUUGAUGUCACUGGUUGUUCGCAAUUAACAAGUUUUCCCGUGAUUUCAACAACCAUCAGACAGCUUAUGCUAUGUGGAACUUUGAUAAAAGAAGUUCCCUUGUCGAUCAAGUCAUGGUCUCGACUUCAUGACUUGCGUAUAACAUUCUGGAAAGGCCUUGAAAAAUUCCCACAUGCGUUUGAUAUCAUCACAGAACUGGAGUUGAAGGAUGCAGAUAUAGAAGAAGUUCCCGCAUGGGUCAAUGGAAUCUCUCGUUUACGUCGACUUGUACUCAACAAAUGCGCGAAGCUAGUAUCACUCCCGCAGCUACCAGGUUCUUUAAAAUAUUUAGAUGCGGUAAACUGUGAGUCUUUGGAGAGACUUGCUUGCUCCUUUCCUAAUCCCGAAGUUUGUCUCAAGUUUAUUGACUGCUGGAAACUGAAUGAAAAAGGGAGAGACAUCAUCAUCCAGACAUCAACAAGUGAAUACGCGGUUUUGCCUGGUAGAGAAGUGCCUGCUUUCUUCAGUUACCGAUCUACUACUGGAGGUUCUGUGGUAGUGAAGUUGAAUAAGAGGUGUCUUUCUACAUCUUUGAGAUUUAAGGCUUGCAUCUUGCUAGUUAGAAAGGGUAACAAAGGUGAUUAUGAGGAAUGUGAGUCAAUAUAUCUCACCAUCGUAGACAAACAGAGUGGUCGCAGUUAUGAUUCAGAGAGCCCAACUCUAGGUCCACUUUUAACGGAGCAUCUGUACACAUUUGAAGGUGAAGUAAAAAAUGUGGAAUCCACAGAGCUUUUGUUUAAGUUUGAAGUCGACAAUGAAAAAUGGGAGAUAGGUGAAUGCGGGAUACGCCCACUCUUUGGAGGAUGAUACUCAUAUCGAAGACUCGAAGCCGCAAGAUGAUUACUUCGCCGUUACGUCACAGCCUAAUCUGAUCAAAGAGCCAGAAUCAUUAAAUACAUUGAAACCUGAGGAGAUUGACACGUCCGAAUGAUCUGGUAGCAGCUACUGGUAACUUGAUUACUUUGGUGGUUAUCCCCAAAAUGGGUGGUCCAAUUAAAAAACAACUUGAUAAAAUAAGCUUGAUACAACAAUUCAACAUAUAUAUAGAUUUAUA